AUGUGGAAAAUGCCAAAAGGCUUUCCAUUCACUGGUAGAUUGUGUUGCUUUCCCACGGAUCCACUUGGGGAUGUUGAGACUUGGAGUGAGUCUGUGGACAAAGUCCUCAGCUGUAAAGCCGGGCAGAUAGCUUUCCGGGAGUUCCUGAAGUCAGAGUACAGCGAGGAGAAUAUACUGUUUUGGCUCGCCUGCGAGGAGUACAAAAAGAUUAAGACAGUCCCAGAGAUGAUCUCCUCCGCCAACCGGAUCUACUCUGAGUUUGUCCAAACAGAAUCACCAAGACAGAUCAACAUAGACUGCGGUACAAGAGAAAACAUUACAAAUAACAUCUCCAAGCCGACCCUGGCUUCGUUUGAUACAGCUCAGAAGCACAUUUACAGUCUGUUGGCCAGGGAUUGCUACCCGCGGUUCCUAAAAUCUGACAUCUAUCAGGGACUCCUGAGGAGAAACGAUUCAAGGUGA